GUGCAUUUCCUCCUGUUCUUUAUCAGAGCCCCCGAAAUAAGUAGGAAUGGGCAGUGGCUGUUCACGGUCAGCACACCUUUUUCAUUUGCUAAUAAGGCCCUGUCAGGCUGGGAGGGAGCUAUCCCUGCCUGACUCUGGAGAAAGCAGCCACUGAGGCGACCCACAGCCACCAUGAAAUUGCUUCAAGUAACCAUCCUUUGUCUUCUGUCCUGUCUUUAUAGCAGUGACAACACAGCAAACCUUUCUUCAGCAACAGUUAAUGCAGCAAACACAUCUGAAUUGACACCAAAGACAACAUCCUUCCCAAGUCCUGUUAUGACACCAGUAGUUGGAAUAUCUCCUAAAGGAACAACCACCAAGGAAUCCUUAAAAACACCUCCACUGUCAACAGUUCUUUCAUUAACAACAGUUACAGGUGAAGGAACCACAACCAAUGGUGUUAUGAAGGAGGAGUUCACCAACACAGGUGCAACAGUGACAAAUAUUUCACUUCCAAAUGCUGUUUCAACAUUUCAAAGUUCCCAACACAAGACUGAGAAUCAGAGUUCAACCAAAACAACAGAAAGACCAGUUAACACUCUGCCACCAAAUGCAUCACCUUCUAACACCAGCAUAUUACCCUCAAAAACAAUAUCAAUUCCAGAAAACAUCUCACAGUCUCAAGGCACUGAGAAUGCAAAAAAUGCAAGCUCUUCUUCAGCCAGCCCCUCUUAUUCCAGUAUUAUUUUGCCAGUGGUUAUUGUUCUGAUUGUGAUAACACUUUCAGUGUUUGUUCUUGUGGGUUUGUAUCGAAUGUGCUGGAAAACAGACCCAGGCACUCCAGAAAAUGGAAAUGACCAACCUCAAUCUGAUAAAGAGAGUGUGAAGCUUCUCACUGUUAAGACAAUUUCUCAUGAGCCCGGUGAGCACUCUGCACAAGGGAAAACCAAGAACUGACAGACUGAUGAAUCCUCCCCACACCUGAGCAAUAAAUAUGUGAGUCUCCUAAUUUCAUUCACUGAGAUACUCAUUAAUAUCUGCUUUGUUAGCCAGCUGCAGCUUAGAUUAUUUUUAA